AGAGCUCCGCCUCUAGCUUGUCGGCUGACAAACAGCUUAUUCUCCUCACAGAUCAUGUGCCUCAGUGUUCAGCCACUGGCUCCGUUCCUCUCCUCUCUCAUAGCUCUGCACUCGAGCAGGAAGUUAGGCGUGUUAUUCUUGUACCCUCUCUUCCUUGUCUUCAACAUUCACUCUCUGUUUUGUUCACUCUUACAGCCUGACACCCUCAUUCACUCCUUCACAACCUUUGUCUUGUACUUUUCUUUCUGUCAAUCACCACCCAACUUCUGUCCCUCCAGGCUGAAGAAAGACAGAGAACUGGAUCGGUGUGUUGUGAUUUUGUAGCAGGAAGAGUGAGACGAGGGAAAGGAGCACUGAGGGAGAGAGGAGGCAGCCACUACAGUGCAUCCAGAGAGGAGGAGAGGAGUGAAGGAGUGAGGAGGAGAGGGGAAGAGAGGCUCCUACUCUGUUUUCUUCCCUCUGAAAAAAGGAGUUCCAGGCAGAGGAGGGAGGGAGGACCAAGGGGAACAGGUAGAAGGCACCAGCCAUGGAGGCCGCCGUCAGGUAUCUGUCCUUACAUUUUGAGACAGGCCCCAACAUGUCCCUGCCUCUUCCCACACUGACCCCGGCCGUCCCCCACUACGUGAAGCUGGGCCUGACCGUGGUCUACACUGUAUUCUACUCCCUGCUCUUCCUCUUCGUAUACCUGCAGCUCUGGAUGGUCCUGCGCUACAAACACAAGCGCUUCAGCUACCAGACGGUGUUUCUCUUCCUGUGUCUAUUGUGGGCGGCCCUGCGAGCCGUUCUCUUCUCCUUCUACUUCAGGAACUUUGUUACGGCUAACAGCCUUGGACCACUCUCGUUCUGGCUCCUCUACUGCCUUCCUGUAUGUCUCCAGUUCUUCACCCUCAGCCUCAUGAACCUUUACUUUGCACAGGUUGUGUUCAAGGCUAAAUCUAAAUAUUCACCUCAGCUUCUGAACUACAGGUUCCCUCUCUACCUUCUCUUCCUGUUGGUCAGUGUGGUUUUCCUGGUGGUCAAUCUGACCUGUGCCCUGCUGGUGAGGAUGACCUCCGCUGAGGCUCAGACCCUGGUGCUGAUCAGAGUGGCCAUUAACGACAGCCUGUUUGUCCUGUGUGCCGUCUCUCUCUCCCUCUGCCUCUACAAGAUCGCUAAGAUGUCCUUGGCCAAUAUCUACCUGGAGAGCAAGGGGACAUCUGUGUGUCAGGUGACAGCUAUAGGAGCCACUGUGAUUCUCCUCUAUGCCUCCAGAGCCUGUUAUAAUCUGGUGGUGCUGGCCCUCACCAACAUCAAGACCAUCAACUCCUUUGACUACGACUGGUACAAUGUGUCUGACCAGGCAGAUCUGCGGUCGACAUUGGGGGACGCUGGCUACAUGGUGUUUGGGGUGAUACUCUUUGUCUGGGAGCUGCUGCCAACCUCACUGGUGGUCUUCUUCUUCCGGGUCAGACAGCCAGAACAGGACAGGAGUGGUUCUGGGCUCCCGGGACAUGUCUUCUCCUCCAGGGCCUACUUUUUUGACAACCCUCGUCGCUACGACAGCGAUGAUGACAUGGCAUGGAGCAUCAUCCCACAGAACCUACAUUCCAGUUUGACAGCAGACAGCUUUGACUGGGACAGACGAAGUGGCAGCAUCUCGGUGUAUAUAGGAGGGGAGGAGCCACAACAACCCCUGCCCUCAGAGGAACUCAACCACUACUGAAAACUUCCCAUUGGUUCUGAACACACAUCCAAGGCUCUCAUUGGCCUUGAAACGUAUUGAAGACCUUAUAUUCCUCUGUAACUCUUUUGCAAAGACUUUCUAUUGGCUCUAUGGCUUUUUUGCACAUCCCUACUGCUGACCUCACAUCUGAGGUCCUCAUAUCAAGACACAAGGGCUGGAAUUCCACCUGGUUUUUAUUGCCUUCUGUUUUCUACCCAAUACUCUGACAAAUAAACUCUUAAGUCAAAAAGUUGAGCACAUUCUCAAAAGGCCAGUACAGUAGGUAUUGAAAUUACAGUCCAUUUCAAGGACGUGAAAAACUUCCCAGAACAAAUUUGAUGUACAAAACCCUGACCUGAAUGCACUGUUUUUAAAAUGUAUCACUGUAUAGAAACCUACAAGUUAUAUGGAACAAUAAUUAAUAUACAGUAAUUGUACAUAUUUUGUUUAAUAUGUAUCCAUUUAUUUUUUCUUUCAACAAUUUGUAACAAGCAAGCAGCUGUGAUGUUUUCAAGGAUUAUAUGCAGUGGAUAUAAAAAAUCUACACAUCCCUGUUAAAAUGCCAGGUUCUUGUGAUGUAAAAGAAUGAGACAAAGAU